AUGACUCUGCACAACCUUGCAAGGGCCGAAAGAAGAGGGUCAAGUGGUCUUGGCACGACCACCAACAUGUCCUCUGUUAACAAAGCACACGCUCUGACUACCGUGCAUGGGCCAAGUGGAUCAGGGCGGUCAGCGCUUUGCCGAACGGCAGGAUACCUUUUGUCCAAGACUACCGGCCUCUUCGUUCUACUGGUGCGGUGCAAGCUUCUCGCAGCAGAGGCUGUACGGUUCCCGAUCAUCAAGGAUUUACUUGUUACCGUCGGAGUGGCUUGUGCUCUUCACGCCCCUUCUCUCCUCAUCCUCGACGAUCUGGAUGCACUGUGCGGGGUGGUGGACGCACAUAACCAGACUGGUCCGUCCUUGAUGGACGCGAGGAGUAUCCAGCUCUCUGACUUUCUUGCGGACCUUUUACCGUCACUUGCUGCUGACGUGUUUUUCAACGGUAGAGCUCGAUCCUACUGCGGCAUGGAUCAUCAAAUCGUGUCAAGUCUGGGGCAACGCCGAAUUCCACCUGACCGCCUGGACGCACAUGCAGCCAUCUAUCCUCUGCCAGCGUUCGUCGUUAUAGCAACAUCGCAGUCCCCGACGACACUGAAUCAAAGCUUGCGAACGUCAAAGCUUUUCGGAGGGGAGAAAAUACAGCUGAGGAACCCUGCAACGUCCCGGGAGCGAGAUGAAGUUCUCCGGCACCUGCUACGACUGCAAUUACAACGCCACCAUCGAACUCAAGAAGACGAGACUGCAAGGGACCGACUCUGGUAUAUGGUUGAUACCGAGCACUAUGGAGGACCUUUGAAAGCAUCAGGAAGGAAAUGGAGUUCCACAUCAACAACACGGUCUCCAACUGGGAGACCUCUUCAGAUCCACGCAGAUGUGUGGGAAAGCACAGCAGCUCUUAGCCAAAAAAUGGAAGGCUUCUCCCUUGCAGAUUUCAAGGCUCUAAUCCGACAAGCAAUUGUGGAGGCACAAUAUGAGUCCUCUAUUGAGCUCAAUGAACGCAGCACUCGUGCGGAACUUGAAGCUUUGGGACAUCAAACGCUCCUGUGGCGCGCCCCCCGGCCUAAUAGCACCUUGGAGACGUCCCCCUUCCCAGAAAAGAGAAGCCCGAGGAAUGGGGUGCUGCUGCGUCGAAGACACGUCGACCGAGCGUACCGGGAUUUUACACCGCGGGCACUACAACUAAAAGGCUUUCUAAAGACCAACUUGACGCUGCAGAAUGUUGGAGGCCUGGACAAGGUGAAAGAAGAUCUUCUUGAUAUGCUCAAGAUGGAGAGCACUUACGGGCUAGUGUUACGACGGGCUGGGGUGUCUAUUCAUCGUGGUGUUCUGCUGAUCGGACCUCCCGGCUGUGGCAAAACUUUCAUAGCGAAGGCUGUGGUUGGGGACCAACAGAUGCGAUGCUUGGAGGUAAAGGGACCCGAAUUGCUGAGCAAAUAUAUAGGGUCAAGCGAGGCAGCAGUUCGAGAAGUGUUCACAAAGGCUCAACAGGCAAAGCCGUGCAUUGUCAUCUUUGAUGAGAUAGACGCUCUGGCGACGAAACGUGCCGCUGAUAGCUCUGGUGUGACUGACCGCGUCGUAAACCAGCUUCUUUGCUACUUGGACGGAGUCGAAGAGCGGCAGGAAGUCUACGUGAUCGCCACUACUUCCCGUCCCGAUCUAGUCGACCCCGCUUUGCUCCGCCCUGGUCGCUUGGAGAAGGUUUGUUACUGUGGACUGCCGACAACAAGGAGUCAGCGGUUGGAGAUUUUGAAGGUAUCUACGAACAUAACCACAUUGGCUAAUGAUGUUUCCCUGGAAGAGCUUGAGAAAACCAUGUCGUGGGAGUUCUCACCAGCGGAUAUUCAUGCCGCUGUAAAGUCCGCACAACUCGCGGCUGUUCAUGAGCUGCUUGGCGAGACAUCCGUAGAUGGACUACAGGAUCCACUGAGGAUGUCAAGCUGCGAGGAAAGGAAGACAGAAGCAGUCAGCGACGGAACAGAAACGACUGUGGAUCUGUUAACUGAACAAUCGAAUCGCUUCGGGAGCUUCGAAAGAAGGCUGAAACCUUUGAAGCCCGAUCCGUCCUCAAAGAGGGUGCCCGUUAGUCAGCAUCACUUGCUGCUCGGUGUCGCUGCCACGAAGCCCUCGAUGACACCAGGGGAAAUUCAUCGGUACCAUCGCCUCUACGCCCCGUUCUUGCCUCCAAACUACAUAGAAGAUAUUCGAGCCCUUGAGUCUCUACUAUCGGCGUCUACCACUCACCGUGAUCGCUCUUCCACUACUAGAAUUGACAAGACUCCGUCGCCGCCAUCGGAACAAACACCGUCUUCAGCCACAUCAAGCACGGGCGGUGGUCGGUGUCGCAUGGUAAAAGCCUUUGCUCCGCGGAUUCGAGCACCAGCUGCACGCUCUCGAAGUGCCCCGGCCAGCGCUAUUGUGUCCGCAGGAGGUCUGCGGUCGGAUUCUCGUGAACCUAUCAGAAGCUGUUCCAGAAGGUCGUUCAGUCUACGGUUUUGCGGGCACAGAUCAGGUUCGUUCCCGCCAGUCAUGACUGCAGAAACUGUGAAGUCUGAGUCCCCACAAGACUACGGCGUCGAGGCAAAAUGCUCCUCCGGAAAGUCCUCUGGCGCUCUGUUCAAAUCCGUAGCAGCAGCACGAUCAAAUUGCAAAGCUUCUCACACUGAGCGGUUUUCGGGAAAAAGUAGUUACAAAAGAAGCAGCACUGGGGGAGAACGGCACUCGAACAAAGCAGAGUCAGUAAAAAUGGGCGUCCGGUCGCCUCGGUGUCUGGUCCAGAGACACAAGUUUGAGAAUACAUAUAGUAGCAUGAGCCGGAAAAGUGUGGAUAGCCAGAAACACGACUCUCGGAGUCUGCUGAACUCACGGACUGCCUCAGGGGCCGAAUCCACUGGCAAUGCCCUGGGUCAUGAAAUUGGGAUAUCCGCUUUGUGGGGUGCAGGUGAGCCUUCUCUUCAGAUGAUGGACGACGGCAGGUCCGCCGAAACGAGAGAUGCGUUUGGCUCCACAGAGGUGAAGCAAGACACAAGAAAGACAACCCAGAAGAAGAAACGGAGGAACCGAUGCUGCACGGCUUUAUCAAGGGUUGCGCUAGCUUAG